AUGUCAUCUGACAAGGAGUUUGGAAAUAACCAUGUUAUCAGUGAACUAGCUAGAUGUUUAGAGUUGACUUCACUAGCACAUGGUGAGUUCACGGAUGUUGCAGUUGGAGGUGCAAAAGAGGCAAACACCGAUUUCGAAGAUGCCGAGAUGCAAGAAAUGAGAAAAAAGAUCCAAAAGAUGAGAGAAGAAAGGAGAGAAUGUGAAAACCUCAAAAAAAUGUUCGUUACGAAUACAACUCCAACCGCUUCAUCGGCCACAUCUGAAGUCGACGGACGAUCCAUAUGGGUCGGCAACGUAGACUAUGGGGCUACAUUGGAGGGUUUGAAUAAACACUUUGAGCAGUGUGGUCUCAUUAUAAGAACAAAAAUUCUACGUGACAAAUUUAGCGGCAAGUCUAAGGGCUUUGCAUACAUUGAGUUUUCGGACGUUGUGUCUAUUGACUUAGCCCUAAAACUGAAUGAGUCACUGUUUUGCGGAAGACAAAUAAAAGUCACCGCAAAGAGAACCAACAUAUAUGGUCUGUCAACUACAGACAGAAAACCGAGAGGGAGAGGUAUAAGGCCAAGGGGUGGUCCAAUGGCAGGAAGAGGUCGCUAUUUAGUUACAGCACAGCACAUCCCAACACCUGUGCCAAGGUUCGAAUCAUACAUGGAACAACAGCCACAGUGCCCAGCCUACAGAAGCAGAGGUAACAACAGGAAAAUUUGGCCAAACUGUUCAUAUGAUGAGGUAAAAACAUACUAUACUGGAUGGCAUUACGUUAAGCAUCAAGUCUUCGACGAUUGCAAAGAUCGCAUGGAACAUGUGUGA